AUGGAAUCAUCUCCCGAUAUCUUCCUGUCAAAGUUGGAGACUCCUCAACUCUUUGUGCGGGAUCGAUGGUGGGAAGAAUAUGCAGCCAUCACGCUGUCGGCUUAUGACAUCGAAGCCAUUUUCCAGGGACUUCGCUUCGGCUUCUUUCGCGACAUGGAAUAUGUACAGUACAUACUGGAGAGACGCCCUCCGAGUGUACUCAAUUCGUUCCUCGCUGCCAUACCAGAGACCUCUGAGAAUCACUCCCUUUCUGAACUGUCGAAUCAUGAGAAAGUGAGAGAGAUCCUACGUCGAUCGAUACCUGCACCUCCUCAGUUGACUCCGUGGCGCUGGUUUCCCCCUGCACCAGAAGACUUAUCAGACGUUCAAACAAUCGCCCUGGAUAUCGAAGCGGAAAGUCACUUCCAAUUCAGACAGAUAGCUUUCGAAGACAUUGUUCGCGCCGCCCUUGGGUAUGAAGCACCAUCAGUAGAAUGGUUUCUUCAGCAACACAGGGCCCUUGGGGUUCUUUUCCUGGAACACAUGAAGGAAUACCCGAAGGAAAUCACUCUCUAUUCAACGGUGGAGAAGCAUCUUCGGACACUAAGUCCAUUUGCUCAUCAAACCCUUGCCAAAUGUCUCAUGGUCUUUCAACCUGACGUGGAAAACAACAUGCCCCUGUCUGAUACGCCCCGCCUUUCAUUCAUAGCAGGCCCCAUUCAACAACUGUUCAAAGAGAACUCAUGCAACCUGGGAGAUAUGUUCGAAAUUCUGAGUGGUCUUGCUGCACGUUUCCAGCAAACAUAUACGCACUCCUCCACGAUGAGCUGGACACAAGACUUUGACGCUUCCCUUCCGCGUAUAUCUGCCGAGAACUGA